CAUAAGUCACAUGCAUUCAAAAUGGCCGAAGUACAACGAUGMGUUUCAUGAGUUGAGAAAACUAAGAUUAUAAUCUUUCUGGUUGGAGAAACCAUCAUGAACCUUAGCCACAAUAGGUCUACGUGUAAUGGCUUACUUUUUGUUGGCUUUAAUCAAGACCAAGGCUGCUUUGCCUGUGGAAUGGAGAAUGGCUUCAGGAUAUAUAACUGUGAUCCACUGAAGGAAAAAGAACGACAGGAUUUUUCAGAUGGAGGAAUUGGUCAUGUUGAGAUGCUGUUUAGAUGUAACUAUUUAGCUCUUGUUGGAGGUGGUAGAAACCCUAAAUACCCUCCCACCAGAGUGAUGGUAUGGGAUGAUCUAAAGAAAAAGUGUGUCAUUGAACUWGAUUUCUCAACUGAUGUAAAAGCUGUUAAGCUACGGAGAGACAGAAUCGUGGUUGUUCUGGAAAAUUUAAUCAAGGUUUUUACAUUUACACAAAACCCACAACAACUUCAUGUAUUUGAGACAGCAAGCAAUCCUAAAGGUUUAUGUGUACUAUGUCCAAGUAGCAACAAUUCCUUGCUUGCAUUCCCGGGCCGUAAAACUGGUCAUGUGCAAAUAGUGGAUCUGGCGAAUACAGAAAGACCUCCUUUAGAAGUGUCAGCCCAUGAAGCUGCCAUGAGCUGUAUUGCUAUGAACUUACAAGGUACACGACUGGCAACAGCAUCAGAAAAGGGGACUCUCAUAAGGGUCUUCGAUACAAGCAAUGGAGUACAGCUYCAUGAAUUAAGAAGAGGAUCUGGAAGUGCAAACAUUUACUGCAUAAAUUUUAACCAUGAUUCGGAGCUUCUGUGUGUGUCAAGUGAYCAUGGUACAAUACAUGUGUUUGCUGUAGAGGACCCAAAGAAAAACAAACAGUCAAGUCUUGCUACAGCUAGUUUCCUACCUAAGUAUUUUAGUUCAAAAUGGAGUUUUUCCAGAGUUCAAGUCCCUGGGGAUCCACACUGUAUCUGUGCAUUUGGUGCAGAAAAGAAUACUGUAGUAGCCAUUUGUGCUGAUGGUAGCUACUAUAAGUUUGCUUUUAAUUCUAAAGGGGAAUACACAAGAGAUGCUUAUGCACAGUUCCUACAGAUGACAGAUGGAGACUAAGCUUGGUUAAUAUAAUAAUAUUAGUACAAAGUAUAGUAAUUUAGGAUGGAACUAGUCAUAUAAUAGAAUCCCUCCUCAAGAUUGUUGAGACUCUGGAAGUGAAUGUUGCUUCAUCCAAAAUCCACAAAAAAACACAUACUAGACAAGAUAAUUGGCUGCAAGAAAAAAGGAGCUAAAUUUAAUCCCUCAUAUCUUCAUAUCUAAAACUUCUUUUAGCUAGAAUUUUGGCUGAGAUAUAUAUGGAAGUUUUGUUUUUAUUUAAAUCCUGGCAAAAUGUUUGAUGACGUGUGGGUGAAAACCAAGAAUACUAGUAUAGAACUGAAAAGAAAAAAAAGCACAAAAUAUAAGAGCAUAUAGUAUGGCAAAAACUCUUUUCCCUGGGAUGGUGUCAACAUGAAAAAAUAUCCAUUUUGAAUACUAGUCACUACCACAUUGGUUCUUGUAGCAUAUACAGUGGGAUACCUAGUUGUAGAUGGUUUGAAAAAUGCCUUCUMCCAAACUGCCUCCCAAGUUAUCUCAACCUUUUGACAAAAACAGGCAUUGAGUUUUCUACUAACACARAAGCCUCUUCCAUUGGCUUGAAAGAGUGGAGGGGGUAGAGUGGUCCAAUUUUUUUUAAACCUUGCACACUUAUACACUGAUAGAAUUUGAAUAACUAUUGUUCUGCACUUACUAAGCCUCUUGUUCACAUGGAAACAUAAAAGGGUUUUCACAUGUAUAAUAGGCGCUAUUCAGUCCAGAACAAUAAUAUUCAAACUGGUCGCCAUAUUCUGAUUCUCGUGGCCCUGUUAUUAUUCAGAAGGAGGAUACAUGCUUUCCUCUCUUAGACUAUCUCACUUGCUUUAGCUGCUCUCUCCCCAGCCUCCCUGCCUAAUACGUACCCUAAAGUACAACUGUUUCACUUCAUGCUAAGAUAUAAACACAAUAGAUAGCUAGCAAUGAUUACAAUUUAAAAUUAAAAAGUCCUAUAAAGUGAUUUUAARAAUCUCAAUAAGACAGGAUUUAAAGAGUUUUCAAUAUAAAACUAAUGAUGUUGUACAAUCAUGGAAUUUGGGGAAUCAUUAGUUAUUAAAAGGUUGGAUUUGGACCAAAUAUUGGCUGAUCACCACUUGUAAGAAAUUAGAAAAACAAUA